UGCACAAUGGGUGGGAAUACCCCGCCGGCAGAUCCUCGGUGCCCUGGUAGCGGCUGCACCCACUAAACGCGUUUCUGCAAGUCCCCCGACGCGUCUUGUUCCACCCCAUCAGGAAAUCGUUGAGUACACAGUAAAUGUGUUAUAGAAUGUGUCUCAGAUUGAUGUCGUGGUAGCAGUAAUUAUUUUAUCCUCACCAUAAUUCUCCAACACCGAAUCCCAAAGGAAACUCGCCAUGUUCAUCGGCAUCUGCGGCAGUAUUUGCGCGGGCAAAAGCACCAUCGCCCAAUAUCUCGUCGAGCACCAUGGCUUCACACGUGUCUCACUAGAGCACACAACCAAGACCAUCGAUGAUAUCGUCAACGGCGAGACCCCCUCAAGUGACCACGUCAACGGCCUAGUCCGCAAACUCUUGCCCGCCUACAACACCUCCCACUCCCAGUCUUCCACCUCCGCCCGUUCGAAAGGCCAUGUCUUCCCCUCCGCCGACGACCUCCUCGACUUCAUCACCAAACACUGGCGCGAAAGAUGGAUAACAACCGACAUUCCCACCGAGGGAAUCCUCGACAUGUACAUCCGCCGGCCCUUCUUCCUGCUCAUCAGCGUCGACGCCCCGCUCACCGUACGAUGGCGCCGCUUCCGUGAGCGCGAGGAAAAGAGACAACAACGUCACCGAAACAACAAGCAGUCUUACUCCUCCGCCGGCGGCGGCGCCGCUCUCGAAGCCGGAGACGAAGAACAAGAAGAAGAAGAGCCCCUAACCUUCGAAUCCUUCGCCCACCUCAACGACACGCAACUCUUCCUCCCGCAAACCGGCCGGCUACCACUAAUGUCGCGCGCCACUGUCCGGCUCCUCAACACGUCCCCCUCGCUCGCGCACCUCUACGCCACGCUGGGCAACCUCGACCUGCUCAACCCGGACCGCCUCCGGCCCUCGUGGGACUCAUACUUCAUGGCGCUCGCCUCGCUGGCCGCGCAGCGGUCCAACUGCAUGAAGCGGCGGGUCGGCUGCGUCGUGGUCCGCGACAAGCGCGUCAUCAGCACGGGGUACAACGGCACGCCUAGGGGUUUGAUCAACUGCGGCGAGGGCGGGUGCGGGCGGUGCAACGAGGGCCAGGGAUCCGGGCAGGGGCUGUCGACGUGUUUGUGCAUGCACGCGGAGGAGAAUGCGCUGCUGGAGGCCGGACGGGAGAGGGUGAGGGAGGGCGCGGUCUUGUAUUGCGAUACGUGCCCGUGCCUGACGUGCAGCAUCAAGAUUGCGCAGGUGGGGAUUAGUGAGGUGGUGUAUAGCCAGGGGUACAGUAUGGACGGGGAGACGGCGGCGGUGUUUAGACAAGCGGGAGUGAGGUUGAGGCAAUUCGUUCCGGUAAGUGAUGCUGUUGUGUUUCUUACAUGCUUAUCCUUAUCCUACAUGGCCUGCAAAGCUGGAGCUGGAGGUGAUGAUGUGCUAACAACAACAUUUGUGUGUAACAGCCAGCGAAUGGUUUGAUACAUUUGGAGAAGACUGACUUUUGCCCUUAAAGUAAGUGAGUUGGAGCAUCGAUAGACAUGAACAUGGACCUGUAGGGAGGUGCCAGUAGCCAGAUCACUAGAAAUGAUGCACAACUAUACUAUGACAGAUGACAACCUCACAACAAUACGAACCACAAGUUUAAGGCAACAGCAUUCACUGAUGUAUCACGACUGGCAAUGAUGUUUAGACAUCUGAGCAGUAACAUCACAAACGCAACAAACAACCACGUU